GGAGGGUUUCUGCGGAAGGACAACUAAUUCAAGCUUAAGACUGCCAUGUUCCAUCGACCUAGGUUCGCGGUUUCUGCAGUGCAGAACAGCCAGAUUCGAGAGUCAUAUACGGCGGCAUAUGAAGGAUCUGAACUCCUUCACGCACACGGUGGUCCAGAUCAAACAUAUCAACUAUCAAAGAGGAGGCCGAGCCUGAGAGCCCAAUCAAUGCCGUUCUCAUGUCGCGAAUGGCCGCAUCUGCGACGAGCACAGGGACCUACCGCGACGGCAACAUACUCCCCCGGUGUCAAACAAAUCCGCAACAGCAGACAAGGUAGCCAGGGGAUAGCGAACCGUACCAUGCCAUUCUGGACUGCACCAGCGCAGGCACGCGGUGUCAAACGAACCGGGCCUAACGUUCUCACCUCUACACCUACACACAUACAUUGCUCAAGCCAGUCAUCUUCGCGCACCGGCCGCGGGCGCAUCCCCCGACUUCCACGCUAUGACGUCUUCCAGCUCACUUCGCCAGUCCCGGGAGUACUAACCGGCUCGACACCAAGUCUUGGUGGUUCCCAGCAGGAGCACAAGAUAGGGUUGACAUCGAGCUGGUUCACGAGGAUCUCUAGUCGUGGCCUCAGGAUGCUCAGGCAGUCGGAAUCCUGCCGGUAGGCCUCGGGGCCGCUCGCGUGAAGGAGGGACAGACAUGUAUGCUCCAGAGCAGUGAGGGCGUAAAAGGUAUGUUCACGAGCAGGCUGGCGUGCGCCGUGUAUAUGUCGCCAGUUGUCGAUCAUGAACGUUCUGCAUGAACUGUGAAUUUU